AUGUCUUGGAAAAAAAUCAACGGUACACUUACACAACUGGCUGUCGGUCGUGGUAAUAAUGUUUGGGGUGUCGAUUCACGAGAUAAUAUUUAUCAAUUCCAUCAUAAAGAAUGGCAUCAAAUUGAAGGUAAUGCUUUCAAUGUCGGGGUCGGUAGUGAUGGGACAGUUUGGAUUGUCAAUCGUGAUGAAGAGAUCUUCACUCGAGUUAAUAAUACAUGGGAAAAAGUCGAUGGAUCACUGAUUCAAAUAUCCGUUGGAGACAAGAACAACGUUUGGGGUAUCGAUCGUUAUGAUAAUGUUUUUUACCGAUCUGACGAUGAUUGGGUCCAAGUGCCAGGAUCCUUGAUUAAUGUUUCCGUAGCUUCCGAUGGCACUGUAUGGGGUGUUAGCAGAAGUAGGAAUGUUCAUAGAUGGAACGGCGUGUAUUGGGAAGAAAUUUGUGGUAGGCUUAAACAGAUUUACACUGGCAACGCGUCAUUCGUGAUCGGCGUGAAUGACGACGACGAGAUUUUUCAAUUUCGUAAUGGAACCUGGUUCGAGUGGGAUGACAAGGAUGAUGAGAUUUACACUCGUCAAGAUGGAGGAAUCGGCGGGCCUGUUUUCGGAAGUUCAUUUAAAUAG